AUGUUUGUCGACGUAUCCAACCCUGUGAACGUGAACCCGUCGUCGUCCCCCAUUCAUCUGACGAGGGGCGCGGAUGAUUGGCUGUGGGCGGUGUUUACCCUCAUGGCUUUGUCUACGCUUGCCAUGAUAUUUUGGUCGCACAGACGCCCUCUGGGACAACGGGUUUUCCAUCACAUCCCCGUCAUCGUCCUCACGACUAUGACCGUCGCGUAUUUCGCAAUGGCUUCCAACCUCGGCCGCACGGGUGUCCUCGUCGAGUUUUCGCAUGCCAGUCGCUCUGGCGUUCGCGAUAUCUUUUGGGUUCGAUGGGUCAUGUGGUUCAUUUGCGCACCUCUGCUCAUUCUCAUGUUACUCCUCACUACCGGAGUCGCGCUGAGCGAUGUCUUCCUCACCAUCUUCAUGAGCUGGGUGUGGAUUGUCUGCUACCUUGUCGGCGCCCUCGUCGUCACUCGGUAUAAGUGGGGAUUCUGGGCGAUUGGAACGGCGGCACUGUUAUACGUGAUUUGGUUGAAGCUUGGGCACUCGCGCCGCAGCAUCUUCCCCGCUGGUCCUGCCACUCGCACCGGCUACACCGCUGGUGCCGGAUAUCUCUCGUUCUUCUGGCUCAUCUACCCCAUCGCGUGGGCGUGCUGUGAGGGGUCGAACCUGAUCGGUAUCGCGGGCGAGAUGAUUUGGUACGGCAUCCUCGACCUGAUCACCGGCCCCAUCUUCCUCUUCUUCGUCCUUCACCGCCUCCGCAACAUGGACUAUAACGCGCUCGGUCUCUACAGCGCGAAGCACACGGGAUAUCAAGGUCUCAACGGUGCGGGUCCCGGCAUGGUGGGUAACACUGGCGCAGGCGUGAACGCUGGCGGUACUACCAUGGGCGGCGCUCCCGCGGGCGCGCAAACCAUGGGCGGCGGUCCUGCGGGAGCGCAAACCAUGGGCCAUGGUGUCAAUACCGGCGGCGCCGGGGGCAUGCGCCACGAGAAGAAUGCGACCGCCAACACCGUGGUCUAA